AUGACCUUCUCAAAACAAAUCCUUCUCCUUCUCUCCAUCUUCUUCUUCUUGCCUCUCCUAAAUGCCUCAGACCCAAAACCUUGCUACACCUCUUCAUGUGUACACGGAAACUUCGAUGGGAAGAUCCACGUUCGUUUCCCUUUCUGGCUAUUCCCCAAGCAGCCUGAGUCAUGUGGCCACACAGGAUUCAACCUCCUAUGCACCAAUCAUCACGAGACGACACUAAAGCUUCCCAACUCUGAAACAUUCCUCGUCCGAGAUAUCGACUAUCUCCAGCAACGUAUACGCCUCAACGACCCCAAGAACUGCUUAGCCAGACGACUUCUCAGCUUUGACGCUUCAGGGUCUCCUUUCUCUCCUCUCCACCUUCUCAACUACGCCUUCUUGACCUGUCCUAAAGAAGACGUCAAUUCCUCUCUUUACAAACCCAUUCAAUGCCUUGGAAAUUCCACAACCUCCUUCAUCGCCACACGUUUAGACCUCGUGGCUUCGGUGCCACCCUCUUGUAAGAUCUUCAAGAAAUUACUUCUUCCGGUUUCCGAGCCUAUCGCCUACAUGGCAGGAUUCGCCGGUGACCUCAAGGCUAAUUGGAGAUGUGGAUCUGUCAACAACAUUACCCUCCAAGCCCAAUGCUUCAGUUCUGUGAACUCCGGCUCAACCGCUUGGUUUUCGGACACGUGUGGUGUGAGUGCUAGUUGCGUAAAACACGCGACCUAA